AUGUCUCAACCAUCGAUGAACUCAUUCAUGUACGAUUUAAUUGUCAUUGGUGGUGGCAGUGGAGGAUUAAAAGCUGCAAAAACUGCUGCCGAUUUGGGAGCCAAAGUUGCCUUAUUGGAUUAUGUCAAACCUUCCACUCAAGGUAACACUUGGAAAAUUGGAGGAACUUGUGUCAAUGUUGGAUGCAUUCCAAAAAAACAAAUGCAUUUUGCUGCUGAAAUGGGAGACAAAAUUAGACAAGCCAUCAACUAUGGUUGGAAAUUGCCAGGAUUCAUGGACAGGACCAUCGAGAAUGAUGAUCCCUUCAAUCACUUUCCUCAUGAAAUUCGAAAAGAUUAUUUCGAUUGGAAUGUAUUAGUUCAGGGUAUUCUAAAUACUCGCUCAGGAUCACAUUUCGUCUACAAGAAUGAACUCAAAAAACGAAAAAUUGACUUUUAUGAACAAUUGGGACAAUUGAAAGACGCUCAUACGGUCUCAUUGGUGGGUUCAUCCUCCUCCUCCUCCUCCUCUAACAACAAUUUGUUAUUAACUUCCAAAUAUAUCGUUUUGGCACCCGGUGGAAGACCACACAUCCCUUCACAAGUUCCUGGAGCACUCGAACAUGCCAUUACGAGUGAUGAUUUAUUUUCCUUACGUUCACCUCCAGGAAAGACCUUAAUUGUCGGUGGAGGAUAUAUUGCAUUGGAAUGCGCUGGAUUUUUGAGUGGAUUGGGAUUUGAUGUCAGUGUCAUGGUUCGUUCACAAAUUUUGAGAAAUUCCACCUUCGAUCGAGAAGUGGUCACUCAUUUGCAAGAAUCGAUGGAACUGAAUCACAAGGUUCGAUUUUUACAACCUUGUAUUCCAUUAAGAAUUGAAAAAUUAGAGAAUUGUGACAAGAAGAAGGUGUAUUAUAUUUUGAAUACAGAGACGGACAAGAAGGAAUAUUCAGAAGAAUUCGAUACUGUCAUGUUUGCAACAGGACGUUCUCCCGAUGUGAAAGGAUUGAAUUUGGAUGCUGUCGGUGUGCAAUACAUCAAAGAAGAAGAAGAAGGUCAAAAAAUUAUUGUCGAUCAAGAGGAACGAACCAGUGUUCCUUCCAUCUUUGCCAUUGGAGAUGUCAUUGAGAAUGGUCAUAAUUUUGAAUUGACACCUGUGGCCAUUCAACAAGGAAAAUAUUUGGCUUAUCGUCUCUUUUCACAACCAUUCACUGAGACCUCAAAGGCGUCGUCUUCUUCUUCUUCUGAGGAAAGAAAGACAAAGCAAUCAUUUCAAUUGGUCGAUUACAAUUGCGUUCCAACCACUGUCUUUACACCAUUGGAAUAUGGUCUCGUGGGUUACAGUGAAGAAAAGGCCAUUCAAGAAUUUGGUUCUGAACAUUUAGUGAUCUACAAGAAGAAAUUUAACAUUUUGGAGUACAAAAUACCAGAAAAAGCAGAGAAGGGAUUUGUCAAAUUGAUUUGUCUCAAGGAGAAUGAGAGAGUUAUUGGUUUGCAUUAUUUGGGACCACAAGCAGCGGAAGUGACUCAAGGAUUUGCUUUGGCUCUGAAAAAGGGAUGUACGAAAGAGGAAUUUGAUGAUUUGAUUGGAAUACAUCCAAGUAAUGCAGAGGCUUUUGUGUAUUUAGAACUUGGUGUAUAUGAGGAUAAGACAUGUUGUGGUUAA